CCCCCAGUGUCCCGAGCCAUCCACGCAGGCGAGCGAGACAAGCAGGAGAGUGAGAAGACAAGGCAGAACAAUCAGAGCCUACAGCCUGCGGAUGACGGCCCUAGGUUAGGUCACUUGGCUCUCUCUUCUCGUGGUCCUGUCCACCCAAACCAGAGCAGCCCCAUGAGCGAGUUCCCCAGCUACAGCGAGACCAUCAAUGACCCUGGUCUGCUGGUGUCCCCACUCCUGGUGGCCGGCGUCGUGAUCGGCCUGGUGCUGUUCCUCUCCUGCAUGACCAUCAUCGUGGGCGGCCUGCGGAAGGAGAGGCGGCUGAGGCGCCAGAACCUCAGCAGCGCCUAUGCUCCUGAUAGCUUCUCCUUUGGCGAUUCCAUUGGAGAACUGAGGUCCACUUGCUUUGAAGAAUUCCCUCCAGACUUCGACUUUGAGUCCUUCCUAGAGUCGCAGCCCCAACCCAAUGUGAUGUAUUCGGAUUUACCUCCACGCUACGAUGAAUGCGUGGGACCAGGUGCCAUGCAAAUCCCCACGGACGACCCUCCGCCUUACUCUCUGACCGACCCCGGUCAGAGGAUUGAGCUGCCGGUAGGUAUUGGCCCCAGGCCGGGAAUGGCUUUGGGGGAGCCCGAAUGGGCCUCCAACUCGCCAGGCUGCCGUCCCGGAGGGCAGCCCCCCGUUUCUGCCAUUUCCCGGGCCCGAUGCCCCCUGGAGACCGUGCCCCCCUACGAGAUGGUCGUCCGUGACCAGAGCCGCCCGAUUCCGCUGAUGCCGCGAGAUGCUCCGAAAAAUUCCAACCCCGAAUAUCUGAAUCUCUUCAACAGAAUCAUCUGAAGGACCCCUGUUCCCUGUCCUCUA